CAGAAUGACAUCGAUCAAACAGAGUUAAUGUUUAUAUGAAAGAGGUCAAACCCUCCAGUCACAGAUCAGAUUGAUCUGAUCACUGAUCAAUAAGUGGAUGAUUGGUGAUACACAGUGUUACAGUGUUUGUUAUUGAUCAUCAGAGAUCAAUAACAGUGCAGCUGUCUUCAGUCCGGGUCCGGGUCCGGGUCCAGUCCAGGAUGCAGGGCUGCAGGCCGGUGGUGGAGGUGGUCCGUCUGGGCCUGGUCUCCUACCAGGAGGCUCUGCGGCUGCAGCAGGUCUACGUGAACCGCCACCGAUCUGGUCCGGCUCACGCUCUGCUGCUGUGUCAGCACCCGCCGGUCUACACCACCGGGAUCCGCCACAAGCCUUACCCGGCCCCCCUGCUGGACCAGCUCCGCCUGCUGGGGGCCCAGGUCCACCGCACCAACCGAGGAGGCCUCAUCACGUUCCACGGGCCGGGACAGCUGGUCUGCUACCCGGUCCUCAACCUGGGCGGCUUCAAGAAGAGCGUGCGCUGGUACGUCUGUGAGCUGGAGAAGACCAUCAUCUCCGUCUGCAGCAGGUUUGGUAUCGAGGCGUCGACGUCCCCCCACACCGGAGUCUGGGUCCGAGACAACAAGAUCUGCGCCAUCGGAAUCCACUGCGGUCGAUACGUCACGUCUCACGGUUUGGCUCUGAACUGUAACACCGAUAUGUCGUGGUUCAGCCACAUCGUACCGUGCGGUAUCGAAGGUAAAGGAGUGACGUCGCUGAGCGCUGAGCUGCAGAGAGACGUUAGCGUGGAGGAGACCAUCCCUCACCUGCUGGACGCCUUCAGGGACCAGUUCAACUGUCAGCUGAUGGACGGACAGACACCUGGAACUGACGAAGACAGCGGAGGAUCGUCGGCGUAGAAACUGACUUUAUAGAUUAAAACAUGACGUUCUGUUUGAACUCUGUCAGUUUAAUCUCUGUGUGCGGAACACAAAGACCUCCAGGAUGUGUUCUUUUACAUGUUGAAUCUCGCUAGCUAAAAUGACCCCUUAACUCCCUUUCAAAAUAAAAGUGGCUCUGAAUUCGACUUUGAAAUGAACUUUUCAUGUAAGGUUCAGAUUCAGUGUUUUUACUGGGUAAAUGUUCGAGGGUUGAUCCCAAAUUUGGCGUCCGUUAAAGGUCCAGUGUGUAGGAUUUAGUGGCAUCUAGUGGUGAAGUUUCUGAUUGCGAGUCACUCACGUCACCCUCCCUUUCCUAACACAACUGAGAAACUGGUGGCAGCGACAACGGUGAUUAUACACUAAUGAAAACAUACUUGUGAACAUUAUAUUACACACUGCAGCUUUGAAGGAUCAUUAUUGGGUUCUAAUAAAGGUUUAAAUUGGU